AUGGACUGGAUUCGAGGACCAACCCUCGGCAGUGGAAGCUUCUCCACCGUCAGUUUAGCGACACCCAAGAACCCUUCCCUUCCGUUCUACAUUCCGGUUGCCGUUAAGUCCUCCGAUCGCUUCACCUCCUUCCUCCUCGUUAACGAGGAACACGUCCUUAACCGCCUCGGUUCUUCUUGUCCUCGAAUCGUUAAGUGCUUGGGCCACGACACCACCGUCGAAAACGGUGAGUCGUUUUACAACAUCUUCCUCGAAUACGCUUCCAACGGCACGCUCGCUGAUCAGAUGAAGAAGAAUCAAGGUGGGAGGUUCGAUGAGAAACAAGUAAGAAGGUACGCGAGGUCCGUCAUGGAAGGGUUGAAGCACAUUCACGAGAAUGGGUUCGUUCACUGCGAUAUUAAGCUUCAAAACAUGCUUGUGUUCGAAGAUGGCAAGGUGAAGAUCUCGGAUUUCGGGCUCGCGAAAGAGAAAGGUGCGACAGUGCAGUGUGGAGACAAGAAGUGGGAGUGCAGGGGAACGCCUCUCUACAUGUCCCCUGAGUCGGUGAAUGAUAACGAGUAUGAGUCUCCGGCAGAUAUAUGGGCCCUUGGAUGCGCCGCCUUGGAGAUGCUCACCGGAAAGCCAGCGUGGAAUGUUAAGACUGGGUCCAACAUGUGGUCGCUGCUAAUUCGGAUUGGAGUCGGUGAAGAAAUUCCGGUGAUUCCGGAGGACUUGUCCGAACAGGGGAAGGACUUUUUGAGAAAGUGUUUCGUUAAGGAUCCCAGGGAGAGGUGGACGGCGGAGAUGCUCCUCAACCACCCGUUUCUCGCCGGUGAAGACAGCCAUGAUGCUUUGAUCCAUAAGGAAAUCUCGCCCAGAAGUAACUUUGACUUUCCUGAUUGGGAUUCCAGUUCCACGGUGACUGAUUCUGCUGUCACCACUGUUUCGUCGCCGGAGGAUUGGUUACCACGGCUGGUGACGGAGCAAGGGUCGCCGGAUUGGUUAGAAUCGGAGGGCUGGAUAAGUGUUCGGAGAAGAGUUAUCUUGGAAGCUUCUUUAGCAGUGGGAUCAUAA